CAAAAGACCAAACUCAAAGCUUUAUCUCCUUUUCUUGGUGCCAUUAUAUAAAAACUGGAAAAAGCUUUUUCCUUAUUUUCCCUUUUGUUGAUCUUGAAGAUUGCAGUACUUGUUUUUCCAUUCUGACUUGAAGAAAAGAUGGCAAAAGAUAGAAAUAUAGGUGUAGCAAUGGAUUUUUCCAAAGGAAGCAAGUUAGCUCUGAACUGGGCUAUUACUAAUCUGAUAGACAAUGGUGACACUCUCUAUAUCAUCCAUGUCAAGCCCCAGCAAGGAGACGAGUCUCGCCAUCUACUUUGGUCCGCUACUGGUUCACCCUUGAUUCCACUUGUGGAGUUCCGUGAACAAGAGGUUGCAAACAAGUAUGAGAUCAAACUUGAUCCUGAGGUUCUGGAUAUGUUAGACACAGUCUCUAGGCAGAAACAGGUUCUGCUAGUUAAUCAUGUUACUAUAGUGGCAAAGCUUUAUUGGGGAGAUGCAAGAGACAGAUUUUGUGAGGCAGUUGGACAUCUGAAGCUUGACUGUCUGGUAAUGGGUAGCAGAGGCCUUGGUACCAUAAAAAGGGUGCUUUUGGGAAGUGUGACAAAUUAUGUGAUGGCAACUGCAACAUGCCCUGUGACUGUUGUUAAAGAUUCAAGUCCACAUGGGUUCUGAUUGAAAUUCUGAAUCUCAUCUUGUAAAAGCGACCUAUGAUGUGUUUCUUGGGAUUUUAUUACUUGCUUGUGUUUAGUUAUGAGUGUUCAGGUUUUCUGCCCAAGUGCAUGGACUGCUAAGUCUUGUAUCCUUUACAAAGGUUUCAUGCCUUCUUGAUAUUUUGUUACUAUUUUAUGUUUUCAUAUUCAACACCUUUAUAUAAUACAGUUUAGCUGUUCAAGAA